UCGAGCGACGUUCGGCCUCCAGCUCCGCGCGCGCCGAGCCAUGAUCGAGCCGCCGGCCGACGUAUGCGCCUUCCUGCGGGAGCAUCCGAGCCUGCGGCUGGAGCCCGGCGCCCGCAAGCAGGUGAGGUGCGCUCUGACAGGCCACGAGCUGCCCUGCCGCCUGCCGGAGCUCCAGGUCUACACCCGCGGCAAGAAGUACCGGCGGCUGGUCCGCGCCUCCCCGGCCUUCGACUACGCCGAGUUCGAGCCACACAUUGUGCCCAGCACCAAGAACCCGCACCAGCUGUUCUGCAAACUCACCCUGCGGCACAUCAACAAGUCCCCGGAGCACGUGCUGAGGCACACCCAGGGCCAGCGGUACCAGAGGGCGCUGCAGAAAUACGAGGAGUGCCAGAAGCAGCGCGUGGAGUUCGUGCCCGCCUGUGCCGGCGGCAGGCGUGGGAGGAGGGGAGCCCGGCAGGACAGUGGCGAGCCGCCCCGCCCUAGAGCAGCCUUCUGGGAACCCCCGUCCAGCGAUGACGGCGCCGCCCCAAGUGACAGUGACGACAGCAUGACGGACCUGUACCCACCCGAGCUGUUCACCAAAAAGGACCUGGGAGGGACCGAGCAUGGGGACAGCACCGACGACUUUCUGACAGGGGAUGAGGACGAGAAGCCAAGACGCCGCAGAGAGACGGGCCCUGGGGACAGCGAGGCCGCGGGCCGGGAGCGGGUCCCCAAGCGCGGGAAGAAGCAGUCCGGCUCGUUGAGAAAGAAGUCCAAGAGUCAUCACCGCAAACCUAAGAGCUUCAGCUCUUUCAAACAGUCAGGUUAAUGGAAAGUCGCUGGAGAAAACGCAUCGUGAGAGCCUUUCGAGAACCCUCCCGGCAUGCACGCCAUGUUCCUCUUCGAGGUGCCCGCCGUGCGUCCUCCCAACUGGUGGGAUGUCCAUCCACUCCUCGUUUGCUGCCCCAGAAGGCCGGGCCGGGGGGUCUGACCCGCGGAUGUCAGGGUCUCACCCCCACCCCCAGGAAGCAGCAGGGACCCCGGAGGGGGCACCGAGGAGAGCCCUGGCCAGUCCCCACCUGGCUGGACGACACCAGAGGAUCACACUGCAUACAACAAAUGCCACUAUUUAUUUUGACGUGUCUCCAAAAAUCAAAAUGUUUUCAAACACAACUAAGAUAUAAAAUACAGCAUAAAAUGAGAUUCAUAACUAUCUCCCCCAUAAAGCAAAAAAUUUUUCAGAAAUCGUUGCGCCAGAACCAGUUGGUAGAUCCUGUUUUUCUCUUCUCCCCGAGUAGGCAUCGACCCCCGGCCCGAGCACUAGCCCACGCAGGGCCAGGGGAGGCGGGACUGGUGGCCACGACGCCACCUGGCCACCAGGGUCAAUCUCAGUUUUUACAAACCAGAAAGGUCUUCCUAGCAGGGAGCCGAAGAAGACCCGUACCCUGCCAAAAACAGUGUCACGGAGCAACUGCGACCUGGCCGAGAGCGCCGUUCAUCAGGGCCAUCAUGCUGGGCUAACGGGGAGGGGGGUGUAGAUCAAGACGCCACCCUGCCCAGGUUGCGCACUGAGUCAGAACAGCCCCGUGGUGUGGGAGCAUCCCAGUGACUGAAGUAGCA